GCUUCUUUACCUUGAACGUCUUCGAAGCUAACACUGUGUUGCUCAGCUACCUUACCUCAAUUAUGAGGCCUACAAAUAUCAAUCUUGCAUGGAUACCGUGAUACAAGAGGUCACAAGAUCGCGCCAAUCUGUUUCGACCAAACAGUCGCCCCUUGUCGACGUGAAUUUGUUACGAGCAUAUCUUCGUCCUUCUCACACAAAACAAACCUCCAACUUUCAUGUUCGGCGUACAUUGGACCAAUACAACUACACCUUUAGAGGAACUGACGCGCGAGAUAAAGAUCAAUUAGUGUAUCGCAACACCGGCCUGAACCACGAGCGACUUUUUAUGGUUGAAGAGCUCUUGCUCUGGAUACUCGAUGCAAAAACCAUCAUAACCUGUUUCCCCAACCGGUGGAGACAGGACGAAGAUCAAGAAUUCAUGAUUUUCGAUACUAUCCUCGCCGAUCUUAAUUCUUCUCAGAGAUUGCCAAUAUUGAAUAGCUGGCAGUUUGCGCUGUUCGUUAUGUCUCACUGCCUCUAUGCAGUGGAUCACGGCAAAGGAUUUGGGAAAGGGGCAUGAAAUUCAUGGACUUCUUCGAGAGAUCUAUUGAUAUUAUAGUAACUAGCCAACUCGAGUGUCUCUUUGACUAAGAACAGGGCUUUAGCUGUACUAGGCAACAGAGCAGAGACGGCUUCUC